AUGGCCUCACUAGCAUAUGUCCUAUUGCUUUCAUUUCUUGCCACACUCUUUGCUUCAACCUUGCAAGAUGAUUCACUCGAAUACAAGCCUAAACCCUUAUCAAGCUAUCUUCCAAGCAAUUAUAAGAAAGUCUUGAACACCAUAGACUCAUGCUGGCGCACGGAGUCCAACUGGGCUACCGAUCGUCGUGCAUUGGCUGAUUGUGCUGUGGGAUUUGGCCAAGCUGCAAUCGGAGGGAAAUAUGGGAAAACAUACGUUGUCACCACCCCAGAUGACGAUCCUACCGAUCCGAAACCAGGCACACUUCGGUAUGGUGCUAUCCAAACUGAGCCUCUUUGGAUCAUUUUUGACAAAGACAUGGUGAUUAAACUUGAAAAUGAGCUUAUGAUAAAUAGUUUCAAGACUAUAGAUGGAAGAGGGUCUAAUGUAGAGAUUACAGAUGGACCAUGCCUAAAAAUUGAAGGUGUUAGUCAUGUUAUCAUACAUGGGAUUAGCAUUCAUGACUGUAAGCCAGGGAAACGGGGGCUUGUCAGGAGUAGUCCGACGCAUGUUGGCCAACGCCGCGGUGCUGACGGAGAUGCCAUUUCCAUUUUUGCAUCUUCUCAUAUUUGGAUUGACCAUUGCUAUCUUGCUCGUUGCAUCGAUGGCCUAAUUGAUGUAAUCCAUGCUUCUACUGCGGUCACCAUAUCCAACAACUAUUUCGCUCAGCAUGAUAAGGUGAUGUUGCUUGGACAUAAUGAUGAAUAUACUGCUGAUAAAGUUAUGAAAGUAACAGUUGCCUUCAAUCAUUUUGGCCCUGGACUCAUUGAAAGAAUGCCAAGAGUAAGGUUUGGCUAUGCUCAUGUUGCCAACAAUAGAUAUGAUGAAUGGCAAAUGUAUGCCAUUGGCGGUAGUGCUGGUUCAACCAUAUUUAGUGAAGGGAACUACUUUAUAGCUCCUGAUAUUUCCUACGCCAAGGAGGUUACAAAAAGAGAGGCUGAUGGUGGCUGGAAGAAUUGGAAAUGGAGGUCAUCAUCCAAGGAUGUAUUUAUGAAUGGUGCUUACUUUGUUCCAUCUGGAUAUGGAAGUUGUGCUCCACUCUAUUCCGAAGCUCAGUCCUUUGUAGUUUUCCCAGGAACUAUGGUUCCUUCUUUAACAUCUGAUGCAGGCCCCUUAACCUGUGUUGUUGGACAUGCUUGUUGACAUGGCAUUUUCUAAGCCAGGAUAAUCUCCUUGCUGUUUA